AUGUCCUUCCUGGAACAUGGUCAGGACGGGGAUACAUCCAGAGGAACAAAGUCAGAAUCGGUUCAGGGAGCAGUAUAUGCCAGGGACUCCACAUUUAAAUGUGAACUUGUUAGAGGAAUUGAAACUUUGAACUUUAUUGCUCAGUAUAUUAAAUACAACUGGCAUAUGGCUCUAUGUGAGGUGGAAUUCCUGUUUAAAUGUAGACGCUUGAAAAUAAAACCUUUGCUACGUGUAGGGGAAUUACGUGGUCAUAUUCAGAACCAAAAUGUGUACGAACACCAAGAUGGCAGCAAAUCGCUGAAGCUGGGUGACUUUGGACUGGCCACCAUUGUAGACGGCCCCCUGUACACGGUCUGUGGCACCCCGACAUACGUGGCUCCAGAGAUCAUCGCGGAAACUGGAUAUGGCCUCAAGGUGGACAUCUGGGCAGCUGGUGUAAUCACUUACAUCCUGCUGUGCGGUUUCCCUCCGUUCCGUGGAAGCGGUGAUGACCAGGAGGUGCUUUUCGAUCAGAUUUUGAUGGGGCAAGUGGACUUUCCCUCUCCAUACUGGGAUAACGUUUCUGAUUCGGCAAAGGAGCUCAUCACCAUGAUGCUGUUGGUCGAUGUCGAUCAGCGAUUUUCGGCUGUGCAAGUCCUUGAGCAUCCCUGGGUUAAUACCACCGCUCUUGAUAAGGAGAGGCAGGUUUUCCGACGAAGACGCAACCAGGAUGUGAGAAGCCGGUACAAGGCCCAGCCAGCGCCACCUGAACUCAACUCGGAAUCGGAAGACUACUCCCCAAGCUCAUCCGAGACUGUUCGCUCCCCAAACUCGCCCUUUUAA